GGUAGACCAUUACUCGGCUGAAGAGAGGAUCCCAUGAUCCUCACCAUAAGUGCCAGGCAAGAAACAGUACAGAGAAGACCAAGAUACAAGAAGAGAACCAAUACAGAAGACGUCUGAUAGAAGAUAUGCAGAAGAGGGGUCCAUGAAGCCUCAUCCCGAAACUGAAUCAGAUAGUUCCACAGAGAUGUGCAGGAAACCAGCAGAAGAAGAAUAACCAUAUUUAAAUUUGCUAUGACUUUCUAACAGAGGAGCAGUUUGUCAAUCACUAUCAUAUGACGAGAUUAAACCCUUCAUGUUCAUAAUAAAUUCACAGAAAUUUUUUUAAACACAGAAGUCUCUUCCUCUUUGAAACGUUUACUCUUUCAACAAUUAUUAAGUAUUAAAGCAGGCCUUGCUGGAGUUUCUUUGUUAGGAGAACUAACAGGUCAAUUUCAUAGCAUUUUAGAAAUCAAUUAGCAAGUUUAUUGACGUCUGUCUUCUAUAAAAUCUUCUCUACGGGCUUGAACAAACAGCAAUUUUUGAGAAGCCACUGAAAUGGCAAGUAAAAACCCUAUUAGCGUUUCUUGGCUUCUCCUUCUUGCCCUCUCUUGUACUCUCAUUAGUCUCCGGGCUACAGCUUUUGAUGAUGAUCGUCUGGAAUAUAUUGUGUAUAUGGGUCAUCGGCAUGAGGAUGAUCACUCUGCAUCGUCCCGACACAUGGACAAGCUGAAGCAAGUUCUCGGAAGAAUCUGUACUAUACACUUACAAGAGGAGUUUCCAUGGAUUUGUUAUGAAGCUUACAAAGGAGGAGAAGCAAAAAGUGUCUGAUAUGCUUGGGGUGGUUUCUGUGUUCCCCAAUGGAAAGAAGCAGCUUCACACGACAAGGUCAUGGGAUUUCUUGGGCUUCUCUGAGCAUGUCAAUAGAUCAAACAUCGAAAGUGACAUCAUCAUCGGAGUUCUUGACACCGGUAUCUGGCCAGAGUCGGAUAGUUUCAUCGAUGAAGGAUUUGGUCCUCCACCAAGCAAAUGGAAGGGCAGUUGCCAAAACUUUGAAAAUUUCACGUGUAACAAUAAAAUUAUUGGGGCACGAUACUAUCACGCCAAUGGAUCAUUGGGUGAAGAAGAUUUCGAAUCUCCAAGGGAUUCAGAUGGCCAUGGAACACACACUUCAUCAACUGCAGCUGGAGGACUAGUGAGCAUGGCAAGCCUAAUGGGGUUCGGAUUGGAUAGCUCGAGGCGCGGUUCCAUCAGCACGUGUUGCUGUGUACAAACAUUUGAUGAUGCCAUUGCUGAUGGAGUCGAUAUUCUAUCCGUUUCACUUGGGGCGCUUUCGGGGUCUCUUCCUUCAGAUUAUUUUGAUGAUUCAAUAGCCAUAGGAGCUUUUCAUGCCAUGAAGAAUGGGAUAUUGACCUCGGCCUCGGCUGGUAACGAUGGCCCUGAUCUUGCAACUAUUGGAAAUUAUUCACCAUGGAUUGUUACGGUUGGAGCUAACACUAUAGAUAGAACAUUCUCAACUAAAGUGCAACUAGGUAACAAGAUGGUUUAUGAGGGAGUUUCGAUAAACACAUUUGACCUAAAAAACUCCAUGUAUCCUAUGAUCUAUGCUGGAAAUGCACCCAAUAUUACCGGAGGUUUUAAUCGGUCCUUAUCCAGCCAGCACUGUCGGCCGGCCGGGGCAAAGGAUGUCGCCUAUUCUUUUCCUUUGCCUGCUACUUACGUUGGUGAAAAUGAUGGUGCCAGUAUUUUCAUCUACUUGAACUCGACAAGCAAUGCUACUGCAACUAUAUUGAAGAGCACUGAGGUUAAUGACACGCUGGCACCAUUUGUGGCCUCACUCUCAUCAAGGGGACCAAACCCUAUUACAAGUGACAUUCUCAAGCCAGAUAUAGCUGCCCCUGGAAUUGAAAUUUUAGCAGCAUGGUCACUCAAUGGUCCACUAUCUGGAGUACUUGGUGACAAAAGAAGAGAAGCAUACAAUAUUAUUUCUGGGACGUCUAUGGCUUGCCCUCAUGUUACCGGGGUGGCAGCCUAUGUCAAAUCCUUUCACCCUUCAUGGUCUCCUGCUGCCAUUAAAUCUGCUCUUAUGACUACUGCAUCUCCAAUGGAUGUUGCAGCAAGCUCAAACGCAGAAGACGCCUAUGGAGCAGCCACUCCACUGGGUGUUGCAACAACCCCAGAUGCUGAGUUCGGCUAUGGCGCCGGCCAUGUAAACCCUACAAAAGCGGUGGAUCCUGGUCUAAUAUACGACGCUGGUGAAAUCGACUAUGUAAAGUUCUUAUGUGGGCAAGGUUACAAUACCACCAACCUACGGCAAGUCACCGGGGAUAACACUACCUGUUCUGAAGCCAGAAACGGAAUUGUCUGGGACCUAAACUUGCCUUCAUUCGCUCUUUCAACGUCGCCGGUGAUAUCUUUCAGUCAAAACUUCAGCAGGACAGUGACAAACGUUGGAUCACCAAGGUCAACUUAUAAUGCUAAAAUUACUGCACCACAAUCAGUGAAAAUUCAGGUUGAACCAACAGUAUUGCCGUUCACGUCUUUGGAGCAAAAGCUAUCGUUCGUUGUGAAAGUUGAAGGAAGAAUAGGCAGCAACACCAUAGAGUCUGCUUCUCUGGUGUGGGAUGAUGGAGUGCAUCAAGUGAGAAGCCCCAUUGUUGUCUAUUCUCUCUCCUAAAAAUUUUAUGUUAUAGAUGGCAGGCUUUGGAAAUGAGAAGCUAUUUAGUUGAAGAACAGUUGGUUAAGGCCCUUAAGGGCGAGUGUGUGAUGAUAAUCUUGCUAUAGGAUUUAUUUCUCUUACAGAAGCUUUCAUGGUUUUCCUUCUGUUUUCGAAAAUGUUGUAGAAUACUAGGAAAUAGAAAUGUUAUAUUGAGAC